AUGGUACUCCCAAUUAUUGUAGGAUUGGGGGUCACGGGCUUAGCGCUCACGGCUAAGGCCACCAUUUCCGCGUAUCGCCAGUUCAUAAAAUUGACUCCCAGUAUGGUUGCCACUUUAAACAACAUCAAACUCACCAACGAUUACGCUUCAUCGUCAAUCAACAAAUCAGAUCCAAACUAUAUUCACUAUCAGUAUUUACGAAGAAAGUAUCCCAAUCGAAGUUUUCUUGCGCCAAUGACAGAACAGGAGGCAUUACUAAUACUUGGCAUUGAGGGUGACGAUAUAUUGAAUGUUGAUAAGAAAAUGGUUAGAGAUCGAUAUCGAAAGUUGAUGGUUUUGAAUCACCCUGACAAGCAAGGUAGCAAGUAUAUUAGUCAAAAAAUCAAUGAAGCCAAAGAUGUGCUAGAUAAGAGUUAUAUGGUGAAUAAGUAG